AUGUGCAAAACGGAUUGGUCAAAUGUAAACCCGAAAACUCAAGCUGCCGACGGCGACCGGUGGCUGUGUAUUCCUGAGGCGAUCAAAGAUGAUAUCUUCGAAAUGGCACACGGUGACGGACACCUCGGUUUCCAUCGCGCCUGGCAGAAGAUGCGAGGCUUUGUCAUACACAAGGGAGCAAAAAAGCUCCGGGUGUAUAUCGACCAGUGUGACGAGUGCAAGAAAAACGCAGUACAUCGUCACAAACCAUACGGAUCACUUCAGCCGAUUCUCGCGCCACCGAUCCCGUUUCAUACGCUGACAAUUGACUUUGUUACCGGCCUGCCACGCACGAACAAGGGUUUCGAUGCGGUGGCAAUCUACACAUGUAAAUCCACAAAGCGUAUCGAAGGGCGACUGGGGAUCCCCGUGGUGUGGAUCUCCGACCGGGACAAGCGCUUUGUUCAAGGCUUCUGGAAGGGUAUAUUUACUGCCCUACGCACUGAGCUCCUAUAUAAGGCGGCGUAUAACCCACAGGCGGACGGCCAAUCGGAACGUUCGAACCAAACAGGCGAAAUCUGGCUACGCCACUGGCAGAAUAUCCACCAGGAAGCGGAUUGGGACGAAGGUCUCGCGCCAAUGCAAGCCUCACUGAAUGCCUCAGUCAAUGUAUCCACUGGCGACCCACCACACAAGCUUAUGUUCGGUGUCGAUCUACGUAUGCCGUGGAAUCUCCUCCGUCAGGCUUUCGUCGGAUCUCCCCAAGCGAGCCGACAGGACGCCGACGAAUGUGCCAAGUACGCGGCUAUGGUGAUGAAGAAGCAAUACGAUAGCCGUCACAAGCCUAUCUUUUUCCAGAAGAGUGACUUCGUAUACUUACGUCUUGCGCAAGGGACUGAGCCGGGUUAUGUAUGGCCAUCGCGCAACAUCACAAGGAAACUUACCCAGCGACAUAUCAAGUGCCGUGUCAUUGAACGCGUCGGACGCCUGGCGUAUCGCUUACAGAUGCCGCCAGAGCUUGCUGGAGCUCACCCAGUGGUAUCAUUACAACACCUAGAACGUGCCCCUCAAGAAGGCGAUCUCUCUUCAGCUGAACCUCCCUCCACGUUCGACCCACGCUUCCCAGAAGACACAGAUCGUGCAGGCGUAGACGCGGUCCUGGACAUGCGACACAGAGGCCGCGGACGGGGUCGACGAAAGCAGUACCUAGUCCGGUGGUCCGGAGUGGGGAAUGAACACCUGGAGUGGCUGGAUGAGGAUAACCUGGUGGGAGCAGAAGAAAAGGUCCUAGAAUACCUCCAAGACUUCCUGCAUCAUACGCAGGAGUCCACAAAUUAA